AUGGGUUGUGUUGUGAACCAACUUAAUGUGCCUUUUUUGAAUGUUAAUUUUGAGACCGAGAAGCUAUCAUUUCAUUUGUUGCCUGCAGUGGUGGAAGACAUAUACAAGCGAAGGCAGCCACUGCCAACCAUGGAUGCUGUAUACUUCAUCCAGCCAACUAAAGAGAAGGCAUUUGUCUUCUUUAGUUCACCUGUUACCCAAGAAUUGGUUAAUCGCAUAAAGAGGGACAGAGGUGUCAUGUCUCGCAUUGGUGCCUUAAGAGAGAUGAACUUGGAGUAUUUUCCCAUAGAUAGUCAGGGUUUUAUCACUGAUAAUGAGAAAGCUCUUGAGGAACUCUUUGGGGAGGAAGAAAGUUCUCGCAAUGGCGAUGCAUGUUUGAGUUUGAUGGCCACCCGCAUAGCUACAGUCUUUGCAUCAUUGCGGGAGUUUCCAUUAGUGCGCUACCGUGCAACCAAAUCCCUUGAUCCUAACACAAUAACAAGAUUUCAUGAUCUAAUUCCUACAAAACUUGCUGCUGGUGUUUGGAACUGUCUCAUGAAAUACAAAAACCUCCCAAACUUCCCUCAGUCGGAGACAUGCGAGUUGCUCAUCCUGGAUAGAUCAAUAGACCAGAUUGCUCCGAUCAUACAUGAAUGGACAUAUGAUGCCAGGUGCCAUGAUUUACUUAAUAUGGUAGGAAAUAAAUAUGUGCAUGAGGUUCCAAAUAGAACAGGUGGUCUUCCUGAGAAGAAAGAGGUCCUUUUGGAGGAUCAUGACCCAAUUUGGCUAGAGCUUCGCCAUUCACAUAUAGCUGAUGCUAGUGAACGUUUGCAUGAGAAGAUGACUAACUUCGUAUCAAAAAACAAAGCUGCAUAA